GGGGGGGGGGGCGCAGUCGUUGUUUAAGAAAUCCCUCGUAGUGCGCAUGCGCAUAGAUUUGAAGCGAAUACGCCAUAUUGAAUUCCCGUAGGAAACGGCGAGCAUUUUUCACCCCCCCCCUCCCCCUCCCCUCAGCUAGCGGUGUAAAGGGGGACACUUCAUCAAUGGUCCCGAUUCGGUUUCAUGUUUAAACAUUUCUCUUCUCGUCGGAGCACGCUGGGGUACAGAGGCAGCGGCACCGGCUCACCACGGGCUCGGUAGAGACUUGUAGUGAGGGGGGGGAGAGGGGGGAGGAGGGGGGGGGGUGUUACCAGAGAAAAGAAGUUGAAUGGAUCCGAGGGUCGCUUGGAUUCAGCCCGAACAGAAAGGACCUGCGAACGCCUUAUGGAUGCACGUCUGGGAGACCUCUCAGGGAGUGCGGACGCUCUCCGCGCAGCACCAGCUCCUCCACAACCAGAACCGCAACCAGUGCGUGAGUUACGCGGCGCUGGACGUUUUAAAAAAUGUGGCGGCGGCCGCGGUGGCAUCGAGCAGGAGCGUCUGCGGCAGUAACGGUAUCCUCGCGGCUGCCAGUUCGAGCAACGGCGGCGGCGGCCAUCGCGGCGGCGUCAUGAACGGAACCGCCGCGAUGUCCUCGCUCGGUAUCGCGCUGUCCAACGGGAACGUACGGAACUCUUUCAGCGCGACGAGCGUGGCCGAGCCGGGCGAGGGAAAGACCCCGACCCAGAAGACGUCGGGACCCGUGUCCUCCUCCUCCUCGCAGGAACCCCGGGCCGACAGCCCCCCUUCCGGCUGCUCGCUCGACAGGACUCCCGGUGGAAAUAUGCCGGGCGCCGUUCUUAAUAAUAAUACUAACGUCGGUGCUGCCGGUUUGCUCUUCAACGCGAGGGACGUCAUGGACAAUAAUGUCAACCUCUACCAUCUCCACCAUCUCCACCACCAUCACCAUCACCACCACCACCACCGUCACCUACAGGAGCAGCCGGCUUUCAAUCUACAGCAGAUUUGUGUGAAACGCCAUCAGGUCCAACCGUCAAUUUUACCCGUAAACCACACACACAAUCACCACCCGGGCCGGAGGAAAAGUGACAACAAGGCGAGCACUUAUGGGAUGAAUUACUUGCUUUCAAACUGCACUAACGGCAACUACGCGAGCACUUGGACGCCCUGGAAGACGAGGAAGUACAACCCGGGGGUCCUCGGACUCCACGAGGAGGUGAUGGACCUCUACAACUUCAUGUCUCCUCGGCCAGAGGAAGCGGCGAUGAGGAAGGAGGUGGUGAACCGGAUAGAGACGAUCAUAAAGGAGCUGUGGCCCACUGCAGAUGUUCAAAUAUUUGGCAGCUUCAGCACCGGCCUGUACCUUCCGACCAGCGACAUCGACCUGGUGGUGUUCGGGAAGUGGGAGCGCCCCCCGCUGCAGGAGCUGGAGCAGGCGCUCCGCAGGCACAACGUGGCGGAGCCGUUCUCCAUCAAAGUGCUGGACAAGGCCACCGUGCCCAUCAUCAAGCUGACGGACCAGGAGACCGAGGUGAAGGUGGACAUCAGUUUCAACAUGGAGACGGGCGUCAAGGCGGCGAGCUUGAUCAAAGAUUAUGUAACGAUGUUCCCCGUGCUGCCGUACCUGAUCUUUGUGCUGAAGCAGUUUCUGCUGCAGAGAGAUCUCAACGAGGUUUUCACCGGAGGGAUCAGCUCCUACAGCCUGAUCCUCAUGGCCAUCAGCUUCCUGCAGCUCCACCCUCGCAUCGACGCGCGGCACCCCGGGGAGAACCUGGGCGUGCUGCUCAUCGAGUUCUUCGAGCUGUACGGGCGCCACUUCAACUACCUGAAGACGGGGAUCCGCAUCCGGAGCGGCGGCGCCUACAUCGCCAAGGAGGACAUGAUGAGGGCCAUGACCACGGGCUACCGGCCCUCCACGCUCUGCAUCGAGGACCCGCUGCUGCCAGGGAACGACGUGGGCCGCGGCUCGUACGGCGCCAUGCACGUGAAGCAGGUGUUCGACUACGCCUACACGGUGCUGAGUCACGCCGUGUCGCCGCUCGCCCGCUCCUACCCCAACAACGACGCCGAGAGCACCUUGGGGAGGAUCAUCCGGCUGACCCAGGAGGUCAUUGACUACAGGGAGUGGAUCAUCAAGAAGUGGGGGGGCAGAGACAACCGAGCGGCCCCUCCCAAGGAGCCGGAGCCGGAGCCCGGCGUGCUGGGCGGCGUGGAGGAGCAGAGGGACUCGGCCUCGCCGCACAGCGCCGACUCGCCCAUGUCCGUCUCCAGCCCCCAGCAGCACUCCUCGGCCUCCUCCGUGUCCUCGCUGUCUGGGUCGGACAACGACUCUGACUCGGCGGCGCCGCCCCCCGCCAUGCCGCCGUACCCCUCCUUCCCCCCUCUGGGCCUGGCGUUGCCGCCGGGCCUCAACAUGGCCGCCUGCAAGCCCGGCAUGGGCGGACCCCACCUGCUGCUGCACCCAGGCUCACAGGCUCGCGUCUCGCUGCCCGGUGGUCUAGCGAUGCACUCCAUACCUGGCAGACAGGUGUGUAUAGACACCGGGCUCCCCCCCUUCUUCCACAUGCCCCCCCCAGCCCAUAUUUAUGCCCCCGCCCCCUCGAGCCCCCAGGCUCCGCCCAGCCCCCACCACUCCUCCUCCGGCCACGCCCACAAGAACGGAGCCAAGUUCAACGUGAAGGGUUUCCACAGCCCUCCGCUGGUGAACAACCCGGUGCUGGUGAACCGCGGACACACUCACAGCCACACUCAGUACCACCGCAGCACCUGGCGGCGCCGGAAGAGGGAAAGCCUCCCGGUCAGCCUCAGCAGAUAGAACACCCCCCCCCCCCCCACACACACCCUCUUUAGCUCCGCCUCUUCGGUUGCAGAACCCAUAUCUCUCUUCCUUUUUCUCCUGCAUGACUUCAGUCCAUACUUUAGUAGUUUCAGUCGUUUGUCCUCUUUUGUUUCAGGUCUUUUUUGGGGGGUUAUUUUUUGUCAGACUUGGUUGAGACGCCAUCGCCAAGGUCACGAGACCUCAUCUUGACCCCUAGUCUUGACCUAGUCUUGACCUAGUCUUGACCUUGUCUUGACCCUAUCUUGACCCCUAGUCUUGACCCCUAGUCUUGACCUUGUCUUGACCCCUCACAGCCGAGCUGUUUAAACACUUAAGAACAAAAAUGUUUUUCAUUUUUUUCAUUUGUGCAAUAAUGUUAUUUUUCAUUUUUUGGGGGGGAACUAAAGUAAAUGCUUAUUUAAUUUUGUGUGUUUGAAUGUAAAAGCAUUUUUAUACAGUUUUAUUUUUGUAGAGUUUUAAACUUUUGUUUACGAAACAUUUUCCCCAGGCAGCACAUCUCUGGAGUGUGUGUGUGUGUGUGUGUGUUGAGAGAGACGCCCCUUCCCCCUGCCAUCUUUUGACUCCCUUCCUUACUCGUGUUGUUGGGUUUGAUAAAGAGAGGCGGGGCCAGGAGGGGAGGCGGAGCUCUUCUCCUCCAUGGAUGAGUCGGGUUGACUGAGUUGAGGAUGUAAUCCCCUCGCGGCCCACCAGGGGGAGCUCUCCAGUGGUUUGUGUGUCGUGUCCCUCGUGGCCUGCUCGUUUGUGUCUUUGCCAACUUUCUCUGCGCGGGCGGCGAGUUCUUUUUAAAAGAACGGCGUCCAGAGCGCAGAGUUAAAAAGAAAAAGAAAUAUAUAUAUAUAUAUAUAUACCCGCUCGUGUCCUUUAAUUUACGUCGUCGUCUUCCGUGACGCAUCGGAGGAGGAGGAGCGGCUCGAAGAUGAAGAGUUAAAGGGGUGGCGUGGCGGAGGAACGAGGUCAGCUCAUCAACACGCGACACGGUUUCCUCCUCGUGUUCCUGGACAGAGGGAACGAGGAGCGCCGGUCUUCCUGAGCGUCGGACCCUCGCGAUGAGAGGAACUUUCUCUUGAUUCCUCUCCGGAGUCUCGUGGACAUUUUGAUCGCCAGGUACUUCCGCCAAUUGUUUCCAACGCCUUCCUUUGUGUGUUUUACUUGGAGAGUGUGUGUGUGUGCGCGUACACACGUCCACGAGCACAACGCGAAUUACACACACACACACACACACACACACUGGUGUUAUUACUAUGCAAGUGGAUUAUUCUAAUUAUUGUGUCAAAUUUUUUUUAAAUGACAAACUACUUGUUGGACUGAGGUCAUGUGACUGACUGUCUAGACUUACACAAGCCAACUUGUGUGAAGCUACAAGUCCAUCCACUGACCCCCCCCCCCCUCCCUUAGUAUCUCUAAGAAGGUCCUGCUGUGCUUCAAAAGUCUAGUUUUCUACAUCAGUCAGUCAAACGUGAGGAAUGCUUGUGUAAGUGGUCUGGGGUCUGUGUAGUGAGUGUGUGUGUGUGACAAAGUGAAACGCGUGUGUGAGACCUUUUAAUUAGACCCUCGAGUGUGCGAGUGCACCCCCCCAAGAGAGAGAGCGACUUGCCCUCUGCAGGUGCACUUCAGCAGGGCCCCCCCCCCAUGUCAUCUCCCCAUCUCUUUGUCGUCUUUUCUUUCUUUUUCCUAAACCAUGGCAACUCUGACCCCCCCCCAGUCACAACUGCACCUCCCGCUUCAGUCACAUCUCGAUGAGUGAGUUUUGUUUUUGACCAGCGGCUCAAAUCAGACGACGAGCUCAUCGUCACGCCACUCUCACCUUUUAAAGACUUUGACUGGGAAGAAAAACAUAACAAUAAAAUCAUUUUGGACCCUAUGGGGGGGGGGGGGGGGUAUUCCCAUCACGUUGGCGCAUGAAAUGCUCCGUCACAAGAAAUCCUACGUAUUAUAAACGAGGUUAAAUGUAGUUUCAGGCCUUUUUCACAUCUGGCUGAAUUCAUAAAAAAAAAAAUAUUUAAAAAAAAGGAGAUUAAAUUGUUGAUGGGAGGUUGUUGACUGGGUUACGAGUUGCCUGCAGCAAAACACUUGCAGUAAUCCGAAGGAAAGUCUGUACGGCAUUCCCACGUACAUAUAGAUGCAAUGUAAUAUUACUCCCCCCCCCAUCCCUUUGCAAUGAGGGAUUUUAAAGUGGCGGCUGCUGUUUAGCGAGAGGUGGCAGCCCCUCGUUGUCCUGGCUGAUACGUGUGAGCAGUGGCCCCUCUGGAUGAGCACGGAGCUACCGGUGCCAGAGGGAGACGCACUGCCCAGCUUGUGGUGGUUGUUGUUGUUGUUGCUCUUUUUUUCUUUUUUUGGACAUUUUUAUGUAAAUAUAUUUUUUUCUAUUUUAUUUUUUAAUAAACAUUUAAAAACUGCCA